AUGGGUCAACAAUAUUGGAUUAUAUUGACUAGUGAUAAAGUGGUUGGUGAACUUUUACAAAAGCGUGGUGGAAAAUAUUCAACUCGUAUACCAAGUUAUUAUUUGUAUAAUAUAAUGACCCGAGGAAAGAGUUAUGUCAGCUGUCCAUAUAAUGAGAGGUAUAAAAUGCUUACCCCUAUUAUUCAUGGAAUUCUGGACCAACGCAAUGUUAAAAAAAAAUCUAAAUUACUAGAUGAUGAAUUUCAUAUUCUCAUGCAAAACCUUUGCAAAGCUUCAAUUACAUCAAAAGAUGGUUUUUAUCCUAAAUAUUAUUUUCAUCUUACAAGUUUAAACAUUAUAACCCUUUUAUGCUUAAACAUGCGUACAGAAAGUGUGGAUGAUCCAUUUUAUACUGAAUUUGAAGAUUUAAUGAGAAAACGGUUUGAUUUGGUUAAAGCAACAAAUAGAUUAUCUGAAUUUUUUCCAAUAUUGAAGUUGUUUCCAAAAAAUAAAUUAUAUAAUAAUUUAAUUGAGAAUAGAAAAAAUGUUGAAGCUCUUUACAGAAAAUUGAUCAAGGAUGUUAUAGAUGAUAAAGAUGAGAAGCCAUGUGUUAUUAGAGAUUUACUUCAUAAAAAGGACGAGGGAAUCCUUGAUGAGCUAGACGUUAUUUAUAUAAUGGAUUCGUUGUUUUCUGGUGGAACUGACACAGUUUCAGCAAGUUUAACAUGGCUUACUGCUGCUUUAGCUAAUAAUCCUCAAAUUCAAUCUAAAGCUCAUCACGAACUUGAUCGAGUAAUUGGUCAAUCUCGUCUACCAGAAGUUUCUGAUGAACCAAAUAUUCCUUACAUACGUGCUAUAAUUAAAGAAGGUCAAAGAUAUUGUGGCCCAAUUUAUCUAGGUAUACCUCAUGGCAUUGAAGAGGAUGACGAAUAUAAUGGAUAUCAUAUUCCAGCAAAUUCUGUGGUAAUUUUAAAUCAGUAUGGAAUUCAUAUGGAUGAGAAAAGAUAUGAGAACCCCAAAGAGUUUAAACCUGAAAGAUUUUUAGGAUUUACAGAAAGUAGUGAAACUUUAGCAAAAGGAAAUUAUGAGCAUAGAGACCAUUUCGGGUUUGGAGCAGGAAGGAGACUUUGCAGUGGAAUUCAUAUGGCAUGCCGAUGUGAUGAAACUGGUAGAUGUUAUUGUUGGUAUGAUUCCAAGGAUACUUAUUAUGAAAAAAUUAGAAAUACAUCUUCAUAUAUACACGAGCACGAUUUCGAAUAUGGAUAUAGAUCUGAAUUUUCUGUGAAUGAUUAUGAA